UCGAGUUGAAGCAACCAGCGAUGAUAAAGAGGAAAGAGAGAACACUCCUCACACACUUUCACCUCACACUUUAAGUCCCGUGGCAGCCAGGUUGGGAUGAGGUGCUAGCAUGGGAAAAAAAGCUAUCGAGCCACAUCCAGGAGAAACGGGACAAUGGCUUUCAAUCUCAACUUCCUGCCAAUACACAGAUCACACCAACUUUCCAUCUGGGAGAUAAGCUCUUGGGGCUGGCCUUGUUCAGCCACAGAAGGAGUCCUGUCAGCCCCUAGAGGAUGGCUGCGCCGGUUCUUACUGCUAAAGCUGGUGACAGUGCUGCUGUUCCCCCACGGAGCAGGCAUUCCCCUGCUGGUCGGCUGUGUGUUGAGCUUGCGGGCAUUGUUGCUGCUCCACUCCCCUCAAAUCUCCACCAAGCCCUCUACUGUGUUCCUGGGCCAUCUGGCUCUCUCCGACAGUCUUGUUCUGCUGCAGUGGGUGCUUUGGCUGGGAUUUACGCUGGCCUGGUGGAUGGAGGAGGUCGGAUGUGGGGUUGAGAUGGGCCUCAUGAAGAAGGGCGAAUCAGUUUGGUGGAGGGAGGCUGUGAGCGUGCUCUGUCAGCAGCUGCUUGAUGCUCACCACCUAGCCUCUCUGCUCCUGCUGGGGCUGCUGGGGCUAGAGGCUACACUGGUGUCACGUUGGCCCCAGCAGACCCGGAAUUUCAGGACUUCUCACUGGGCUCAGCUCAGCUGCAGCCUAGUCUGGAUACUUGUACUGCUAGAACUCAUGCUAUCGCUACACUCAAAGCUUGUGCAGGACCUUGCAACACUCCAAGGCUCUCAAACUUCAUCUGUUGUUUUGAUGCCUUCUCCUUCCCUGCCUGCUUUCUCCCCCUGCCUGAGGAGGACAUUAUGGAUUGUGAAUUUAUGGCUGCAUUGUGCUGUUUUCUAUAGUAAACCACAGAGAAGAAAGAGCUCCUUUCAUUAA